UACUUGGAGUACUUUAGUCACUUAACAACGUUUUUCUUAUCCACAACAUAGUCUUGUCUCUGGUGAACUUGCGCCACGAAGACCCUUCUACUGGUGUGAAUAUGGUAUUAAAGCCUCCGAUCUACGUGGAACAACCGCAAAGGACGGCAUUUGACACCGUCAAUCCGUAGUUAUGUUGUGACUCGAAAUAACGAUCGUCUCAUCCUAAACCGUCAUCUUGGCUCUUCAUUCCAGUCAAACGCCUGCUGUUCCGUCUCUUUGACCUUCGCACAAUCCCCAUAUAGCUUCUUCUAGCAUCCCUUGAUGCCUUCGAGUCAAACUUCCGUUCAGAGCUCUUCUGACGCUCAUUCCAGACGCCGACAUGCAGGGAUUCAACCAAUGAGUUUCCUCGGUCCCGGCGACAGAAUGGGUGAAGGCGAUACCCAACUUGUGUUUGAUAUACUUCCGCCUGAUCUAGCGGAAACGGCGUUUGAGAACUUGAGGAAGGAGAUAAAAUGGAAUGUGAUGCAUCAUAGAGGUGGCGAAGUCCCUAGGCUUGUCGCUGUUCAAGGAGAGAUUGCACCAGAUGGAAGCUAUCCAAUCUACCGCCACCCAGCAGAUUCCUCUCCUCCUCUCCUCCCCUUCAGCCCCACCGUCUCUCUCAUCCGCGCCGCGGCCGAGAAACAUCUUAACCACCCCGUCAACCAUGUCCUCAUCCAACACUACCGCAGCGGCGCAGAUUACAUCAGUGAACACAGUGACAAGACGAUUGAUGUAGUACAAGGGAGUAACAUCAUUAAUGUCAGUUUAGGAGCGGAGAGAAUUAUGGUAUUGAGGACCAAGAAAGACUCUAUUUCGAAAGUCGCCAAGAACCUCAAUCGCGAAGUGGGUGUGGGAGCGGAUCAUGACGAUACGGGGAGUACUAGUAUCACUGGUAGUGAUUCACCACACACACAACGAAUCCCUCUUCCCCAUAACUCCAUGUUGGUCAUGGGUCUCUUGACAAAUGCGAAAUGGAUGCAUAGUAUCCGAACAGACAAACGACCUUUCAAGACCAAAUCACCCGCCGAACAGUUCAAUAAUGGUGAACGUAUCAGUUUGACGUUCAGACAUAUCGGGACAUUCCUCACCCCUCCUGACGAAACCGGAAAACAGAAAAUUUGGGGUCAAGGUGCGAAGGGGAAGCGAAGGGAAGAUGCUGGGGAAGUGGUAUGUGGAGGAGAAGAGGCGGCUGAGUUGAUUGAUGCGUUUGGGAUGGAGAAUCAUCAGAGUGAGUUUGUGUGGGAGAAGGUCUAUGGGCAGGGCAGUGAUGUGUUGCAUUUCAAGAGUGAGGAUCAGGGAGUGUAGGUACGUGCCACAUUGACUCAACCACUCAGUAUUUAGGAAUGUUCGGGCAUUAUUGAUACAUUUCUUGCUUUCUGUACAAUGUUAAUACAAUGGAACUAUUUGCUACAC